GGUUUCUGGAAGUUUCUGUCUGGGUAUAAGUGUGCGGCACAGAUCUGGGAGGAGAAUUGAGAAGGAGACAGUAGUGCGGGCUCCUGGGAGCUGACAUGUUCGGGUGCCUUGUUGCCGGGAGGCUGGUGCAAACGGAUGCCCAGCAAGUGGCAGAAGACAAGUUUGUAUUUAAUCUGCCCGACUAUGAGAGCAUCAAUCACGUGGUGGUGUUCAUGCUGGGCACCGUCCCUUUCCCAGAGCGCAUGGGGGGGUCUGUGUACUUCUCAUACCCUGACCAAAGUGGGAUGCCAGUCUGGACGCUGCUUGGUUUCAUCACAAAUGAAAAGCCCAGCGCCAUAUUCAAAAUCUCUGGCUUGAAGUCUGGAGAAGGGAGCCAGCACCCAUUUGGCACUAUGAAUAUACCUCAGACUCCCUCUGUAGCACAGAUUGGGAUUUCUGUCGAGCUUCUAGAACAAAUGGCUCAGCAAACCCCUGUAGCCAAUGCUGCUGUGUCCACUAUAGACUCAUUCACCCAGUUCACUCAGAAAAUGCUGGAUAAUUUCUAUAACUUUGCCACAUCGUUUGCUGUGUCACAAGCUCAGAUGACCCCCAACCCCUCAGAAGUCUUCAUUCCUUCCAAUGUUGUCCUCAAAUGGUACGAGAACUUUCAGAGACGUAUGGCACAGAACCCAUUCUUCUGGAAGACAUAAACGGAACAAGAACUUUAUCAAGCUGUGCUGCUUUGGAAGAAAACAAUGACAUUGCGUGCCUACUAUUCUCUCAUAUUUGCUGUCUUCAGCUUGAUUGGUUCCUUUUCAUUCGAGCCGUUUUUUCUCUCGGCGCGCUAUUGAUGGCUGAUUGUAUCGCUGGGGUGGAUCUGUUGGCUGAAAUUGCGGACCUUUCCUUACCAGAGAGGGCUGAAAUUCUUCUCUGACAGUGAAAAGGGUUAAUUCAGUUAAAAUAUUGCCUUGAUAGCCACUUAAACUUGAAAGGGUUAAGACAAACCCUUAAGCUGUUUAAGUGUCUUUUCCAGAUUUCCUUUCUUUUAUUAAACCUGUUUUAAGGUUA